UCAAGGUGAAUCUAUCCAAUGAGACGUUGACAACUGUAUAUCUGCCAGAAUGUCGUCAAUAAAGGAAUUGAUGAAAAAAAGAAUACUAGUGGACAUGAUCCAAUCCGUACAGCCUCCCGGAAAAUGGAAGAUCAUUGUCGUUGAUCCUAAAUCCAUCAAGAUAUUGAAUACGGCUUGCAGGAUGCAUGAUAUUCUAGAGGAAAAUGUGACCUUGGUGGAAGACUUGACACGAAAGCGGCAGCCAUAUCCGACUAAGGAGGCCAUCUACUUUAUCUCACCAGUGGACGCCUGCGUAGAUCGAUUUCUGGCAGAUUUCGAAAAAGGAAAGGCCAUGUAUGCUGCCGCACAUGUCUUUUUCGUUGCAGGAUUACCGGAUCAUCUUUUUGAAAAGAUAAAAACCUCAGCCGCGUCGGCUUAUGUCAAAACCCUAAAGGAAAUGAAUGUUGACUUUAUUGCGUACGAACCACAAGUAUUCACCUUUGAACAACCGCUUUCCCUCUUCCCUUUGUACAAUCCCCAAGCCGCAGGUCACCAAGCAGGUGAAAUAACCAGCAUAGCACAACGUAUCAUCUCUGUUCUUUCCACCUUGGGCGACUACCCUUAUAUCCGAUAUUACUCACCACAAGGCACCCAAAAUACGGUCGCUUCGAAACUGGCCCAUAGAGUCCAGCAAGAGCUCGAUGAUCUAUGCCGAUUGGAUCCAGAUUUUCCGCCACCUAGUCCUUACAAGCGUUCUGUCCUUGUGAUUGUUGAUAGGGCUUUGGAUAUGGUAUCACCUUUGGUACACGAGUUUACGUACCAAGCCAUGAUGAAUGAUUUGUUGGUGCUGGAGGGAGGAAAGUACAUAUACAAGACUGAGGGAGGAGCAUCGACGGAUGCUUCCGCCGCCCAAGUUACGUCCGCCAGCCUAGACGAAAAUGAUCCAAUCUGGAUGCUAAUUCGUCACUGGCACUAUGCGGACGCCGUUGAGUACAUUCGCAGUACAUUCAAUAAGUUCCUAACGGAGAAUCGAGCUGCAGCCACAGCUAUGGAGAAAGAAGGCGGUGACGCUAGCGCAAAGGGGAUCGAUUCUCUUAAACAAAUGAAAGACACGUUGAGCUCAUUACCCCAAUUUCAGGAGAUGAAGUCCAAGUUUUCAGUCCACAUCAACAUUUGCCAGGAGUGCAAGACAAUGUUUGAGAGAAGGCAGUUGGAUAUGGUUGCCGCCGUUGAGCAGGAUCUCGCGACGGGUGAAUCGGUUGAUGGGAGAGCCAUUAAGUUUGCCAAUGUUAUGAUGGACAUGGUCCCUGCCUUGGAUAGCGACAACGUUAGCCCAACCGACAAGCUCCGUCUUUUGAUGCUGUAUAUAAUUACCCAACAUGGAAUAGAGGACGACGAGCGACGUCGGUUACUGGGAUACGCCAAGCUUUCUGUGGAGGACUCACAAGCAAUCACAAACUUAUCUCUCGUGGGUGUUCGAUUGAGUAAGUCCAAGGAGAAAAGCAAGGAAGAUAAGGACCGGGGUCGGUACACAUACCACCUUCACAAUCGACAGAAGAAGAGGAAGGGGGAAACCUAUGACUUGAGUCGAUGGUCUCCCGUCCUGAAAACCGUGCUGCAGGACCAAAUACGAAAUCAAUUGGAUUCGACCAUCUUCCCCUGGAUCACAGAGCCCCCACCGGAGGACCUUGCCCCACCACCUCCACCACCGCCAACAAACGCUACUAAAACUCCCCGCGAAAAAGCGCUGGCGCUUAUCCCUCCCGAUCCAUCACACCCAACCUCUUUACGCACAACUCGCGCAUCAUGGGCCACGCCUCGAAAAAAGGCAUCCGAUGACACACAACCAGAUACAAUUCAGCAGUCACAACAGCAGACACAACAACAAGUUUCUUCGUCAGAGUUGCGCAAGAACGGCCCAAGAAUCAUCCUCUUUUCUCUAGGUGGGCUAACGUUCUCUGAGCUACGAGCAACGUAUGAAGUGAUCAAAGAGUUGCAAAGAGAUGUGAUUAUCGGGACGACACAUAUAUAUAACCCGGUGCAACUCGUCGAGAUUUUGAAAGAUUUGGGUAACGCUACGCCAUCGUCGGAGAUAGUUAAAGGGCUAGCAGCGUCGACGGAAUUAUUAUCGUCUGCGUCGGCUUCUGUUGGGAGGGGAGAUGCCGAUAACGGCAUGUCCCGGAGUUCGACUAGUGUGAGCUUAGCGCGAGACGGAAAAGAAAAGGGGAUUAGGGGCAUGUUUAGCGGAAAGAAAAAAGACAAGGCCGGUUGAAAUUGAAUAUAAAAUAGUAUCCAUUGAGACACAAACAUGCGGCCAGGAAUACCUACAUCAGUUCAUCUGGCCACUAUA